AAUAAUGAUCAAAUCCCAUGUGAUAAAGCAGAUGGUAUUAAACGCUUAGCGGAUACCACAACGUUCCAUACAAAAUCCACAUGUUCCAGCGUCUACGGUGAACACAAAUUUGCAGAGCAUUUGAUAUACAUCAGUGCAAUUGGAAUUUAAACGGUAUCAUCUCAAGAGAAAGAGAACGAGAGAUAAAGUACAAAAAUAUUACAAAAUAUUUCAAGAAAAUGCGAACCAAGUGAAGAGAUAACUUUUUCCCGUUGGAAAUUUUAUAUAAUUGAUGUAUACGGUACUACUCAGCGUUAGCUGGCCAAUCAAGCAAAAGAAUAUCUCGAACAAGCUGACUUUUAAUGAAUUAAAUCGGUUGUGAAUUAUCAAUAUAUCAAAAUCAAGAUUACGUGGCAUUUGCGUCUGACGGAAUCUACCUGUUGUACGCCAUAAACCAGUAGUUAUAGACAAGUGUCAAUUCAUCAGCGUAGUAUCUCACUAUCGCUGUUCUACUGUGACAUCCAUUGGUGUUGAGUCGAAAUACGGCAGCGCAAAAUAUUAAGUAUUCAUCUGCGGCUUCUUCUUUAAACGAGUGACGUUUGAUCAGUGCCUUCAUUGACGUGUUCCAUACGUUUGCUGACAAAGUUUUUACCUGAAACUGUUAACCAGAGUAUUUCUCCAACGGAUUUACUCAACUUAGUUACAUGUUGCAUUGCCAACCAGGUGUUGAACGGAGAAUCUUCAGUUUUAACUAGCUCUAUCAAACAGUGUUAAAUCGCUAGCCAUUUUCCACCUUACCUGGUAUCAUUAUAGCCCUGUGGCCUUUAUUAUUACUUUAUUUAGCAUUACAUCAGAUGGUGUUAGGCAUCAUAAGUAUAAAAUCCAGUUCAUCAUUGGUAAGACAUCGACGCGUAUAGUAGUCUCUGUGUGCAUGGCAAAUGAAAUAAUAUAACGCUGCACUUGUCAUAAUUAACAUUGGCAUAAUUAGCAGUGUAACGUUUGCUGUGAACUAGACGAACCAUGGACACCGACAAUCUAGUGUCAACCACAAUGCUGGCUUCUACAAACGAUUCGCUCUACUCUUUUGAGAUGAGUGAAACAUCACCCGCCUACACGUUAGUGUUCUUUCUAGUGUUACUAAUAAUCUUCGGAAUUCCGGGAAAUGUGUUGGUCCUAUAUGUUGUUGUGAGAAACGGUGCCAUGAAAACGGUUACGAAUCUGUACCUGGUAAACCUUUCCAUCGCCGAUCUGAUAUUCCUUUCGCUGGUUGUACCUAGUCAAAUCAUGCUACUAUUGGACCAUCCGAUGACUAGUUACUUGUGCAAAGUGUACCAGUACAUCGUGCGCGUCACAUUAGCUGCAAGCAUUUUGACACUGGUUUCAAUGGCGGCCGAUCGGUUUUAUGGUGUCAUGUAUCCGAUGAAGUGCCGGUUACAUAGAACAUUAAGGUCGUCUAUUGUCAUCCUGGCGUUUAUUUGGUUCAUAGCUUUCACUACCCAACUUCCAGUUGCCAUCUACGUAACGGCAAUGAAUUUAGGAGAUGGUUGGAGCAUUUGCUUUGAAUUGUGGCCCGGUGCUAAUGCGAAGGCUAUAUACAACAUCACUUUCUUCGUGUUCUUUUACGUUGCCCCCCUUUUAGUCAUCGGCGGCUGUUACGGGCGAAUGGCAAAACUUUUGUGGCACAGUUUUAGUCCGCAAUACGGCGAAACGGAAGUUGUUCGCACGCAGAUGUUCAUGCGGCGAAAGAUAGCAGUAAUGAUUCUCGUGGUGGUAAUCUGCUUUGCGGCGUGCUGGUUCAUAUUCCAUUUUAACGAGGUGUUUGUCUUGACAUUCGGAUACUUAUCAGACUUAACGAUUUUGCAAAAAAAUAGGUUAUCACAUGCGGGACGCUUUCUUGGUGCUAUGAAUAGCGCCCUCAACCCAUUUCUGUACGCUUUCCUCAGUGCUAACUUCAGACGCUGUUUCUAUCGUGUAUUCCCCUGUAUAUCAAAGUUAAAUAUAGGAUCCGGGAGUUUCAUUCAGAAAGAUCCAGAUGAGAAAACGUUAUACACACGAAGAAGUACCGUUGGAAGGUCUAGCAGAACGCGUUUAACGAGCGUGAGAAGCGUUCGCAAUGAAUCAGGAAACCCAAAGCCUCAGCCAAUUUAAGUGCCAUAAGCCUAUGUUGCUGCAUUAUUUAAAGCAUAGAUACAUAAGGGCCUAAAACAAGUUACCGUACAUGAUAACGAUAAAAAAAGGCCGUCAAUUGAUAUACCAUACCGGGGUGAUCUGAUUAUUGGUAGAAAUGUAUGCGUCUUUUAACUCUAUAAAUUUAUAUUAGGCCUGUAUUGCAAACUAUGCUAUGCCUAUUCGACCAUAUUCCGUUUUAAAAUAUCAUAAAGAUUGUAUGUUUUUAUCAGAAAUACCUUGACAUACCAUAUAAGUUUAUUAGUUAUAUUUUACUACUCAUGUAUUAAUUUUCCAUAAUAUAUAAGCUCUGUUUUCACUGUUAAGUUUUAUCACCAAACGAAACUUUACGGAAACGAUAAGUGUUCAGCCAAUUUAUUCAUACUAUCUUAUGUUGAACCUAGUGGCGCAUGAUUACCGUGGCAACAUGUUUUCAUCGUUUCUGUAAAGGUUGCGAGUUUGCCAUUGCAAAAGAUGCCUUCAACAAGUAGGCCUACUGGAUUUUAAAAAAUGGAAACAUUUUUAUGAAUCUGUGUUUAGAAAAUGUAUAUUAUCGUCAACCUUUAAAGCCAGCUAAUAACGCGAUUCCAGGAAGAACGAAAAGCGAGAGAGAGGCACGGUGGAACAAGGCAUUUCGUGAAAACUAAAAGAAAAAAAAACUGUAAACUGUAGAGAAAUUCCCGAAUUCUUCCGGCAUGAAAUGAGGUGGCCUAUUACGGUACUGCUGAAACAUUGAUAUAGGCCUACUAACCUACCGUACAUAGCAGAGUCAUCAUGGCCACCAUUCACGGCACUCUGGUAAAGGUAAAGGCUUCGAACCUUUUUAUUAAAUUGCUAAGUUCACUUUUUUAAUGCCACUCAUCUUCUCGGUUCCAUGAUUUCCAAGUAGGUUUAUAGCCAUGUACUGUCACUCUAAAUGAAAAAUAGAAUCACUAUCCAACAUAAAGGUACGUGGCGUAGCAAGAGGGUUUGCGCAAGACACAUUUUCUAGGAAUUACCGGUAAUUGAUUCUCACCAUGCCAUAGGUAUGGGUACCUUGUAAAAUAAUGAAUUUAUCGGUGAGCAAAUUUCUGCAAUGGGACUAGAAUAUGGAAUGUAUAUGGAAUGGUUUGUACAUACAUUUCUAUGAUGAAUCAAAUGGAUAGUGACCUUUUAUGUGUAGACGUGGUUAUAUUAUGUAUAUUUUAUAUAUUCUAUUAAAUCCUUGUGUAGUUUCGCUGCUAAGAAAUAAUAAUUCUAAGAAAAAAACAAAAACACUAAAACACAAAAAAUUGUAAGCCUAAAUUCCAUCGACAUCUGACGUCACAACAUUCAUCCAUCAUUCAUUAGGACGUUGGCGUAGGAUUGCUUUUUUUCACGGAUAUUGCCAGAAUAGGAAAUAAACAAAACCGCUUGUUUCUGGGUUUUCCUGAUUUUCCUAUCAAUCGUUCAAUCAAUUAAUCAUUUAACAAAUGAAUAUAUGAUCAUCUUUUAUUUCAGAAUUAAUAUUAAUAUCAUAAAUAAGCAAGCUUAACUUAAACAUAUAAUUAUACAUACGCCUUUUAAUGAUCAUACAAGACUUUUAUAAGAUAAUAUAUAGGCGUAGCUAUAUGAUGCAUUAGACGGGGCUCGCAAUGCCUGGUUACGAAAUGUUCGCAGCAAGUUUUGAGAAGUCCAGUCACGAAAUGUCUGCCGCUCUCAUUGUACGGAUGAUGAACGGGAAUCUAAUCGUCACUCGGUAAUCACAUAAUGCCAAUGAUAGAUGAUGUGUCAGAACCUCAUGUGACGGACCUUGGAAAAAGUUGACAUUAAAAAAGUUGAUGGACGGCUGACCAGUAAGAAUUAUAUUAGACGGAGUAGGUGGUUUUCGCCGCACGACGUUAACCUUAACUUUAACGUUAGUACCCAACAUGCAACGCGAUAACUCCGCCCCUUUUGUAAACAAAUCGAAAUACGCAUGCGCAAACCCGUACUGUAACUAACGUCCGUCGAGCAACGCAAGAUGAAUAUAUUAUGACGUCAUCCAUUAAGGUUAAGGUUAACGUCGUGCAGCGAAAACUCCCUAUUAACACCCGACAUUACGUAAACAUUAAUCGACAGACAGUUCGCCUAAAGAUAUCUUGCCGUUCGAAUGAACUCUUGAGAUCGACAAUACAGUACAGAUAAAAAAUACGCGACAAUGCUUGUCUGACACGACAGAGAAAAAGAUGAACGAUUGACGAUUAGGGCAGGAACACACUGACAACGAAGUAACGUACCUAAAGCCUAUCGUGUUUUCAGUGCAAUCGUUCUACCGCGUAGCAUCACCGAAGCUGUUGGUGAAGCGUGUAGUGUAGCGACUGUAUGGAAAACAUGAGUUUAUCUUACAGUACGUGGUCACAACUACAUAGAUGGACAAAGCGUCUCUCGGAAAUCUGACGGCCUUCAACACUCCAACAAGCAAGCAAGAACCUCCCGGAAAAUAAUUCCCAUCUCCCGCAAAUUCAUUACACAGGACAGGAUAAUAACGGACUGUAUGUGUAUGAAUUUUUACAACUUCAUUAUCAAUUGUCUCGGUGUUUGGGGCCGAUGGGUAUCUCAUGCGCAGCAAAAAAUAAAAUUCAUAUGUGUUAAGAAAGCUCCUUUAAUCAGAUAUACUUGAAGGGAUGUCUCCCAACAUGAGACCAUUGAAUAAAACAUUAAUGGACUAAAUUCAAAAUAUUGACGGACACUUCACUACAUCAGAAUCAGAUUAAGGCAUCAUGACUUGGUUAAAAUGUUGGCAUGCCAAUGUUAUAGGAUGACUUUAGUCUGGACUUGAUAAAAAUAUACUGACGUCACAGAAUGAUGUAGAAUGGAACAUGCGGUGGGCGAGGACUUGAUUGUUUAAACCCCAGAGUAUUGGAUGCGGACUGAAGUCACAGAUACAUUACGAAUGACGGUCAUAAACAUCCCCACUUGAAAAAAUAGUCCUACCGACGUUACACUCUUGAAUAGACAAUAUAUAGACAGAUGUCCAGGGACAUAGAUAGACAGAAGACAAAUGAGAAUUAGAUUAAGUCACAUUGCGAUAUAAGUUGUCAUUCCUGAUAUGCAGAAUCGCAAAUGAACUGUCAUCACAAAUAGAACAGAUAUGCUUAGAUAGAUGAGUGACGAGUAACUAUCAGACUAAAUCAUUCCGAUGCAAAAUUAUGACGUGUGGCAAUCGGAUUACGUCUCUAGACAAUAAACCUUACUGACCCAUAAGUUAGACCGAUAGAACAUGGGCAGUUAGUCUGACCAUGGAGAAAAUAAUUAUAUUAAUAUAUUUUCUCCAUGGCAUAAGAUGUAAAAAUGAUUGCGCCCUCAAUGAAACCAGCGUACAACCAUCCAGGCAAAAAUAAUAAAUUUAUUUAUUUAUUAUUAAAAUUGAAGGGCAUUUUGGUGACCUAUAUCGAUUGUUUUUUUAAAUAUAAGUUAUCUGCAUCGACAAUUAUGUUUUUCAUAGCAUUGAAAUACAGUAAUUAAUAAUUCACACCAGUAUUGAGAUGCGUGUGUAGGUUGGGAGACUAGGGGAGGGUGACAAAAUGGAAAUGCAACUGUAUAUAGGUUACGGUACAUGAUAUUAAUUUAAUCCUGUGCCUUGAUUAUUUUUAUGCGGCUACAAAAUUGCUUUGAUUGUAAGUAGGUCAUGUUGAAUGUGUUCAUGUUAAAGUUGAUAUUGUAGUAUGAAACCGCACAUUUAUACUCAACGGACGCAACUCCGUAAUUGAAGUACAUAUCGGUAGUUGAAUGCAAUUUUCAUUACAAUCUAUUCAUAGACUAUUGAAUGCUCGUAGUGUUGUAUCACCUUGUUUAUUACCGAUUAUAUCGCUGAACAGUGCCAGGUCAAACAACAGUAAAGCUUCAUGCUUUUUAAGCAUGGAUUGCAUUAUUAUUCUUAUAAUAUUAUUACUAUAUUACCGCGUUUAUUAGCACUGAUCUUUUUGUAAAUUUAAAAGGAUUUUCCAAAGGCCAUUUUCUUAAACAGUUAAUCGUUCAUACGAUACGAUAAAAUAUACAUUUUAUUUUUUUUUAUUAUCAAAAUAAGCUUUUGCUAUUUGAGAUGUGUUUAGUAUUGUUCGUGAUAUAAUGGAAAAUAUUAUAUAAGAACAAUACAAAAUUAUUCACGGGAUAUUAACAAAUGUAUGUAUUAUUAUCAUAUUGUUAAUUAACCUAUAGUUGUGAUUGAGUUGUGUAUGUUACAAAUCAAAAAGAGUGUUUUGACCAUUGUAAUUUUUAAUUAAAAGCUAAUGAUUUAUUGAAACAAUUCAAUACAAUUUAAAAAUUUAAAUAAUGAAUAAUAUUUGUUGUAAGAUUUUUAUUUCAUCACAGAUGGUAUAUAGUUACAUAUUAAAUAUAACGUCAUCUGGGCCUACCCUAGAACACCAAAAUCAUUAUUAUGCCUAGGCCUAUAGUUCACGUUUUAUAUAUGAAUUUCGUUUUUUUGGGGUUUUUUACAUUGAGUCCAUUUGAAGUUGACGGUUUAUCUGGCUCAUCUCAAUCUUAUUUUUUUUAAUAUCCGCCCUUUCAUAAUCUUUAUUAAUUUUGCCACGACGAUCAUCCAACCCUGCAACCUAUUUGUUUUAAUUUUAGUUCAAUAACUAAAUCUUGAGUUCAAACGGUCGUAUAUUUUACCUGUAUAAAAUUAAUACGUCAACCACCUUUGAACUACACUGUACAGUCGUUUAUACACAAAAACGCUGAAAUACGGUAUUAUUUUUAAUAUCAUUAUUAUUAUUAUUAUUAUUAUUAGACCUAUUAUAUUUUAUUUCUAUAUUAUUAUUAUCAGGUCAGUUAUUUAUAUUGUAGGACUAUUGUAGCAUGAUAAUUAUCAUUUAAUUUGACCUAUAAUAAUUAUUAUUGUAUAGGCCUAUUUUUAUUAAUUCUCUCCUUUUUUUUUAAAUAAAUGACAUAUACUGAUAUUGUACUUUAAAACUUGUAUAUUUGCGAUGUUAAAUGUUUUCUCAAUUGCACAGUGAUAAUAGAAUGAUUCCUCAGAAUAAAAGAUCGUAUGCGUGGCGGCUGUGUAA